AUGGAUGGAAACCCCGACAUCGCCGCGCCCAUCCCCCUCAACGGCCGCGCCGUCGAGUUCGAGUCUGCGCUGUUUAAGGGCCGCCUGCUGCUGAGCGUGCGCGGCGCCCCUGGCGACGCGGCCGCCCUCGCGCCGGGCGGGCCCCUGGCGGGCGGGAGGCGGUCGUUUCACGUUGCGGUGCAGGGCACCUUCAAGCGGCCGGUUGCUGCCGAGCAGCUGCUGUCCGGCCAGGAGUUCCCGAAGCCCCCCAAGACGUCUCCCACGUUCAUGCACUUUGUUUUCAGCGCCGCCGCCAAGGUGUUUGCUAGCGUCAACGAGGUCUUCGUGCAGGAGGGCGAGCCGAUGCACUUCCGCUUCCCAGUGCUGGCCGCCGCCCAGCUGGUCAACGUGGCCCCCCGCGGCCAGGAGCCCCCCCUGCUGGAGGCGCAGGAAGAUGUCCGCCUCUUCUGCCCGCAGCUCGCCGCCUCCGACGGCGCCCCCGCGCCCGCCGCCGCGCGCCGCCGGCUGUUCGACGCGCCCGGCGGCCUGGCGGGGGUGACGAUGUCGCCAGACCAUGUGUGGACGAUCCACCUGCACCAGAGCCUGAUCGACUUCAGUACGUACAAGCUGGGGCUGGCGGGGGUGCCGUUUGGCAUUGACCUGGUGUCACUCCUGGACCGCCAGCCGCUGCAGAUCAUGGCCAAGGACGGCGGGAGCGGCGACUAUGUUUUCAAUGUCCUGGUGUGGAACAAGCGCCUGCUCUACUCCAACAGCCCCUCUUAG